AUGGGUAACAGUUCGUCCUCUUCAUCGUCAAGUGCUGCGAUGGCUAAUUCAAGUCAAGCGCAGAUUGAGGCGCAGAUCAGUACAUAUCUUGACCAUGCAAAACAAGAUUUCGAAGGGAGAUAUUCAUCGCCGGCGAAACAAACCGCUAAACUAGAGGAUUUUCAUUUGCAACGAACGGUCGGAACAGGUUCAUUUGGCCGGGUCAUGAUUGCUCAGCAUGGCAGUCAAACGUUAGCUUUGAAAAUCAUGGAAAAAACAACGAUCGUUAAAUUGAAACAAGUGGAACAUACCUUGUCGGAAAAGAAAAUUCUACAAGCGAUUAAAUUUCCAUUUCUAGUCAAUUUAGUUUAUUCAUUCAAAGAUAAUUCACAUCUUUAUAUUGCCUUAGAGUUUGCCAGUGGCGGAGAGAUGUUCACUCAUCUUCGAAGUGUUGGCAAAUACUCCGAAGAUCAAACACGAUUUUAUGCAGCUCAAGUCACCUUGGCCUUUGAAUAUUUACAUUUUCUUAAUAUCAUUUACCGAGAUUUGAAACCUGAAAAUAUCCUCUUCUCUGCUGAUGGAUAUUUGAAAAUCACCGAUUUUGGCUUUGCUAAAGUAGUGCGUGAUCGAACGUAUACAUUAUGCGGAACGCCCGAGUAUAUCGCUCCCGAGAUAAUUCUUUCACGUGGUUACAAUAAAAGUGUUGAUUAUUGGGCCCUAGGCAUUCUAAUAUAUGAAAUGGCUGCCGGCUUCCCACCAUUCUACGCCGAUCAACCUAUUCAAAUCUACGAAAAAAUUGUACAAGGAAAAUACAAAUUUCCAUCGCAUUUCUCGAAUGAAUUAAAAGAUAUUAUUCGUAAUUUACUUCAAAUCGAUCUAACCAAACGUUUCGGCAAUUUGAAAAACGGUACGAAAGAUAUUAAAUAUCAUAAAUGGUUCGCAACAACCAAUUGGAUAGCAAUAUUUGAAAAGCGUGUCAAGCCAUCGCAUGUACCUAAACCAGAUAAAGACCAUUACGAGAAAUAUGAUGAAAAACCAAUGUCCAAUGCGGCGUCCGAACUAUACGCACAUGAAUUUGAAAGUUUUUAA